AUGGCCUCAAGUGAGGGCAACACUCAGACAUACAAGAUGACCUCUUUGGACAGCGACAUCAACCAGCACUUCCAGGAUGCAAUUGAUGUGAUUCAACAGCAUUCAAAUAAUUCAUAUUAUGAUUCAGAGUACACAUACUACGAGACUCUGGGUACGCAGCAGCCAUCGCUGCAGUGUCAGAUCUCCUGCUGCCUCGUCACACACCAGUCUGAUGUACCAGCACCGGGAUACGACUGGAAUGACAUGGCACAGCAGUCUUGGCCUCAGGUCAUCCCUGAUGUCUCUUUGGGUCGUUCUGUGCAAAAUGAGUCGUCUCAUUUCUACCCGAUUUUACCGCCACCGAGGAACAGCAAAGGUCGUAAGAAGCUCAGACUUUAUGAAUACCUCCACGAGGCUCUGAAUGACCCCAACAUGGGCGACUCAAUCCAGUGGACAGACAGCGGCAGCGGCACCUUCCACUUCAUCUCCAAGAACAAAGAGAAGCUGGCCGAGUGCUGGGGCCAACGCAAGGGCAACCGCAAGACCAUGACCUAUCAGAAGAUGGCGAGAGCUCUGAGAAACUACAGCCGCACCGGUGAGAUCAUCAAAGUGCGCCGCAAACUCACCUACCAGUUCAACCCAGACAUCCUGCACAGGCUCGGCUCCGGGCAGGUGUCCGUGCACCUGCCCUACCGCCCUGCGCAGGAGGAGGCGCACACCCGGCAGCCAAGCCCAGCUGAGCAGAGCUACUGCGGCUCUGCAGCGACGGACUGGAACAGCUGGUACGAACACUACCAGCUGCACGAAGACUACAAUCUGGCCUCCAGCUUCACAUCACACAGCACAAACAAACUGUGAGCGGGAGGAUGGUUUGAUCACAGAGGGGGGAAAUCCCCUUAUUGAGAGCAGACUUUUUGCUCUCAAACUUCCUGAGUCCACAUUCAGUCCCUACAUGUCAUCACAAGUUGCAGUGGGACUAAUAAUGUCACAAAACAGUAACAUCUUUCAGUUUACAGAUGUUUAAAUGCUCUUUAUUUUAGCAUCAUGUGAGAGGAGUGAUACAGGGAAUUAAUUUUGUAAAUACUCAAAAUACGAGUGCGUCUCUUCUUUUAGAAAAUUACCUACCAUUUGUUUUUUAAAAUUGCCUGAAUCUAACUAAUAAAUGAGGAUUAUGAGGAUUUAAAUAGACAUAUUAAGUGAACAAUAUACCUAUAUUUAUAUUGCAGCUAAUGCCGGCACAUUUUAACUCAUAUUGUGGACUUAAGAGGUUGAUCUCACCAGUCAACACGAGAGUCUAAUUUUCAGAGCUUUUCAAAGACUAGGUCCAUAUGCAGACAGUGAAUGUUAUUACAUGUGAAAUUUGACUAUCUGGGCCACACAAAGUGACAGUUUUUGCAGAAUCAUAUCCUGCCAGUCAAACGUAACACUGCAAAUUAAAUGUAAAUACUUUAAAACUGAACAAAAAAAAAAAUCUCUUAAAUAGAAAACCCUUAGAUUUAUAUGAUAACACUCUGGCUGUAACUAACAAAUCCAUCUUUUACACACCUUUAAUUAACUAAUACAGUUAUAUUCAGCAUAAAGCUAAUGCUAGCAUCAAUGCUAACACAUAUUGUGGACUUAACAGGUGAACAUUUCUAGUCAGCACACCUGCAUCUAUUUAAGCACUAAUUAAGAGUCUAAUUAACAGGAGCUUCUCGGAGACUGGGUGCAUAUUCAGUCGAUGAAUGUUAUUACAUGUCAUAAUUUAAUGAUUUGGGACACAAAAGUGACCCCCAUUCAAAUGUAUCACUGUAAAUUAAUUGUAAAUACUUUUAAACUACAAAACAUGCACAAGAAAAUUCUCUAAUUUCAUUACGCAAAGUGGUUUCUUACCAAACCCUUUGAUUUAAAUGAUAAUUCUCUACACAGGUACAUUUGAUAUGCAGCUGUAUGCACCAGUAUAUUGUAGACUUAACAAGACUUUUCCAGUCAGCACUACUAGCUCUAGAAAGGGACAUCUGAGGGGCCACCGUAGUUCUCCUACACGCUUGGCACAUGGCAGAAGUUGCAGUUGGUUGCAAUCUGUAAA